UCGUAUCUUUUUUGGAAAGCGUAGUUGUGGUUGUAGACUUGACUUUGUUCUUGUGUGCUGUCUUCUUCCUUUCCGAUGAGAAUAGUGAGCAGCUUGUAGUAGUUAAUUACUUUCCUACCUUCCAAAAUGAGUCAAGGUGCAGGAACUGACUAUAUCGGAAGUAGGAUAAGCCUAAUUUCUAAAGCCGAUAUUCGCUACGAAGGUUUUUUGUAUUCAGUUGAUCCAAAGGAGUCAACUGUUGCAUUAUCGCAAGUUAAAUUAUAUGGCACUGAAAACCGUCCAGUAGCGCACCACAUCCCGCCCAAGGAUGAGGAAUAUGACUACAUUAUAUUUCGAGGCGCUGAUAUCAAGGACUUGCAAAUUGUUCAGGCCCCUACUAAACCAGCCAGCUCUUUGCCACCGGACCCCGCUAUAGUUUCGCAAGCGCCGCCGAAACCCGUGAGUCAGGGAGCUGGUUACUCUCCAUUCGGACAAAGUGCCCCUCCGCCUAGUGUUGGCGUAACAUUUGGUAACUUUGGUCCAGUGCCGCCUGCUGGUUCGAAUCAGCCCCGCCCCGCUGCACCUGCUGCUGUCGGUAGUGGUUCUGCGUCUGGCCCCGGAGUAAUAGGUCAGCGCAGACCAGCUACCAGAGCAGCUGCUGCUCCGCCGGGUAUGGCAGCACCUCCGCCGACCACUUCCAUGCCGCCAUCCAAUAUGGGUGCUGAGGCAGCACAUUAUACGCAGCCCGCUGAUCAUGAACAGCGACAGCCGCAGGCACAUGGCCAGGCGGCUCAGCCCGCGCCUUCUGCUGCACAAGGUGGCCCUAAGGUGCAGACGGCGACGAUUUCUGCUGCUGGCGCCAAGCAAUCGGCUCCUGCUGGUCACCAUCAUCAUCACCAGCAGCAGCAGCAACAGCAACAAGCACGCAGUGACCGUGGUGCUCCGCGGAACCGAGGAGGUAACUAUUCUGGCUAUCGUCGAAAUGAUGGAGACAACAACCAGGGUUAUGAGCAGCGUGGACGAGGUGGUGGUGGUGGUACGUAUCGAGGUGGUCGUGGUGGACGCGGUGGCGGCGGAUAUCGUGGUGGUUACCAGAGCAAGCCACAGGAGAAAUAUGAGGACGACUUUGAUUUCGCAACCUCCAACGCACGCUUCAGUAAGGAUGAUCUGGAGGAUGAAAUCACGCAAAAACUGGAUGAUGCAACGCUGAAUGAAAAGGAGAAGCAGGCUGCCGCUAAUGCUGCAUCAGAUUCAGUUGUGUAUUACGACAAGGACUCCUUCUUUGACAGUAUCAGCACUGGAGAUAUGGGCGGUGGCAGUAGGCCAUCUCGUGAGGAGUGGCAAAAGGAGCGCUCUAUGAACAUUGAGACGUUCGGUGUUGGCAGUGUCCGACGGGGCCGAGGUCGUGGACGGGGUAGAGGCCGAGGAGGCAGGGGACGCGGUCGAGGAAAUUACCAGAGGGCGCAAGAUGUGUAGAUGCACGGAUUGUUGACAAGCUACCAGAUGCUGACUUAUGGCACCUUGGACUUUCUGCUGUCACCACACUGAGCUUCUGAAUUCCUGUCUUUGAGGUGAAUUUAUUACGCGCACAUUUUUGAAUAAGACUGGGCACGUAGAGUUCUUCCUUUGGUUAAUUGAGUCCACUGAUGUGAUUGAGUGAGUGGUGAGCCUGUCACUUUUUUCAUUCAGGUAGCAGUAUUCAUUUUUAGUUGUAUAGACAGUGUGCUUCCGAAUAACAUUAUAGCUCUGUAUGGGACAUGUGAGAAUGUGAUGAGUGUGAUUGCGUUUGUGUGCUUCCCUUGCCUCUUUCUUUUUAUUCAUGCAUGCUUGUUGCUUCAUACUUGCUGGCUACCUACAAACAUGGCUUAUCUGUCUCAUACAUACUAACACAGCGAAUGCUGCCCACAUCGUCAUCGCCUUAACGGUCAUACUGUACCUCAUUUCCAGAAAAAAACGCUCAUUCUAACGUCACUGUACAUAUGUAUGCACUAACACAAGGUGGCAUGUGCCACCAUUACAUGCCACCAUUUCCUCCCAAUGGAGUGAGUCCAGCGCUGCUGGUCUAACAUCAUUCUCUUUUCGUUCUUUUUUCUUCUUCAAAUGUUGUUACUUCCAGCCUUUUCUUGGCUGUGUUUUUGUCAUUAGCUGUUCUUUCUCUUUGCCUGCAUUGUUGUCGUCUGGAUCCUUUAGAAAUUGCGAGCGCAUGUUCUGCCUGCCAUGCUAUGGCCACUUGUGUCUUGAUUGCUUUCUUCUAGUAUUUUUUAGUUUUUUUUCUGCUGAUAUCCUGCUGGGGCUUGUGCCACUACGUUUACAAAUUGUACUUUGAGUAUUGUGUACAUUAGGACUUUCAAGACGUUUGUUUUCUCAACACAUGUUGUUCCUGUUUAUCCAUGUUUUUCGUUUGUUUUGUUUUUCCGUUCAACAUCUAUGCGGUAGCGUCUGUCUUCUCAGCGCAGUAGAAUCAAAUGUGAUCGUCUUUGCACUGAAGAAUAUGCUUGCUGCAUUGUACUGUAGUGAUAUCCCUGUACGGUUUGUGCAAGGUUACAAACCAGUACGGCACUUGCAAUAGUGACUUGCUCGUGCAGGUGCAGGAUGAUACAAGCAAGACAAAGUUCACGUAGCACCACACUGCACGGUGUUUGUUCACAUCUGCACAUUCUUACUUAGUCUUAGUGCAUACUGGUGUACACAGAUUAUUUCACAUUUCUAGUUUUGUCACCUCUGUUUCGCAAUCUUAUUGAUUUACCAGGGA